AUGGUACUGCUGACGACUGCAUUUAUCGAGAAAGAAUGCGCGCGGACGCAGUCCACAAAGUCGCUGACGAAAGGAGUCUGCAAGAAUCAUUUACGGAAAAUCACACAUCUUUUUAUGAAUGACAAAUUGAUAGAGGCUAUUGGAAAUUUCGCCGGUUGCAAAAAUUUACGGGUCAUCUACAUGCAAAACAACUGCAUCGCGAAAAUAGAAAACUUGGAUUUUGCCAACAAUCUGACACAUUUAUAUCUUCAACACAACAACAUUACGAAAGUUGAGAAUCUGCAGGGACUGAGGAAUUUGAAGAGUUUAUAUUUAGGACAUAAUGGCAUCAAUAUUGUGCAGGGUUUGGAGGGGUUGGAUAGUUUAUUGGAAUUGCAUGUCGAAAAUCAAAAGCUUGCCGUGGGAGAAUCCUUGGUUUUCGAUCCGAGAAGUUUGAAGACUCUAUCGAAUCAUCUGAAGGUACUGAACGUAGCUAGCAAUAAAUUAAAUUCACUGAGACCAUUGAGUCACUUUCUGAAUCUGGAAUAUUUGGAUGCGAGAGACAAUAAGAUGGAAGAUAUGAGAGAUUUGAGUGAAACUGUGGCUACCCUGCCUUGGCUGAAUCGCUUAUUCCUCCAAGGGAAUCCUGUAACACAGAACUAUCGGUACCGUGAGAAUCUCAUUGCUCAUAGCAACUCGUUAGGGUAUUCAGAUGGGAAAAUUGUAACUGAUGUCACCCGACGGUUCUUGAGCAAAUUCAAAGAGGCGAUGCAACUGAAGCACGAGAAAUGUGGACCAAAGCUGUCCCUCAGCGAUGACAUAACAACGUCUUUGAAUCUACCUCCGGCAUUUAAAAGAUCGGUAUCGCGAGCUAUUCUGCAACAGCAACCUGGACCAAAAUUAUCGAUAAGCACUUCAACAGUUUGCGGAGAGACGGAAUCACAACUAUUCCCUCCUUGGAAAUGCAUACCAGCAAUUCAUGGAAAGAGAAAUAAUCACCUGACCCCCCGUCCACUGUGGAAAGCAACAUCGAGGACAAGAGAACAACCUCGAAGGACUUCGAAAAUCAUCGACAGCACAGGAUUACCACCAGUGCCACCAGUGCGGAGAAAAUGAAACUUGUUCUACCCGUAAUAAAAUGAAUUCUCAAAUGUAUUUUGGUAUAAUAUAUUAUUAUGCUGCUGGGAAAAAUUAUCUUGAACACAUCUUAUCAUUAGCCCGUUGUUCCACUCUGAUAUAAUCAAUACAUACCAUCAUAACAAAAGAUUCAAUAACUCAAUAUAAAAAUUCACAAAUGGUGUUUAAUUCUCUUU